CUCGCCGCGGUGACGCGCUCAGGAGCCGGGAAGCGGGCGCGGGGCAGUGCGGCUGGGUUAAUUGCCCAGAGAGUGAACCUCUCGCUGGGGCGCCCGGCGGAUACUCCGGGGCUGGCAGGUGCGUGGCAAGUGCACCUGGCAGGCGAUGGCGCCCGGCGCGAGCGCCCCGGGUUAGUGCCGGCGAGGUUACUGGGCCCCGGCGCGCAGGCCGGUCUUCCUCCCAGAUCUUGGCGUGUGCCCGGGUCCGUGCAGGCAGCAAUGGGGCUCCUGCGGCUGCUCGUCCUGGUUGUGCUGGCGUCGGAACGCAGUAUGAUGACUGGAGGAGCUGAGACGGUCGGGAACUCUAGCAAGGGUUUUCUCGAAUUUUCAGUGGGGAAAUUUAGAUACUUCGAGCUCAACAGGCCCUUUCCAGAGGAAGCUAUUUUGCGUCAUAUUUCAAGUAAUGUGACUUUCCUUAUUUUCCAAAUACACUCACAGUAUCGGAAUACAACACUUUCUUUUUCUCAGACGAUUCUUCCCAAUACCUCAGGAACAGGCAAUGACAAAGGCCUGGUUUUUAUUCUUAAACCAGAGCAGAGUAUGUGCACUUGGUAUUUGGAGACCACAGAUACAGAACCUGUUCAAAAUGUGGCCGUUCCACUCUCUUACUCAGAAAGAGAUCCUAUCCCUGGAGGCUGUAAUUUGGAGUUUGAUUUAGAUAUUGAUCCCAACAUUUACUUGGAGUAUAAUUUCUUUGAAACAACUAUCAAGUUUGCUCCAGCAAACCUAGGCUAUGCAAGAGGUGCAGAUCCUCCGCCGUGUGACGUGGGGACAGGACAGGACUUCAGGUGGAGGUUGCAGUAUGAUGUGUAUCAGUAUUUCCUGCCUGAGAAUGACCUCACUGAGGACGGGUUGCUCCAGCACAUGCAGCGGAUGGCCCAGGUGCCCCAGGUGAAGGCCAGUGCUGUCAAGGUGGUGACUCUAACAGCCGAUGAUAAGACAAGAGUUUCCUUCUCCUCCCUCUGGGGUCAAGGAGUCAUUUAUAAUGUCAUUGUUCGGGACCCAUUGCUGAAUACAUCUGCUGCCUAUGUUCCUGCUCACACAUACGCUUGCAACUUUGAGGCAGUGGAGGGUAAUUGUGCUUCCCUUGGAAGAGUAUCUACCAAAGUGUUCUUCACUCUUUUUGCCGUGCUUGGUCUCUUCAUUUGUUUCUUUGGACACAGAUUCUGGAAAACAGAAUUAUUCUUCAUAGGCUUUAUCUUCAUGGGAUUCUUCUUUUACAUAUUAAUCACAAGACUGACACCUGUUAAGUAUGAUGUUCGCCUGAUCCUGACAGCUGUAGUUGGAAGCAUUGGCGGGAUUUUCUUGGUGGCUACAUGGUGGCGAUUUGGAGUCCUCUCACUGUGCAUGCUGUGUGUUGGACUCGUGCUGGGGUUCCUCAUCUCCUCAGUGACUUUCUUCACUCCAUUGGGAAACAUAAAGGUUUUUCGUGACGAUGGUGUAUUCUGGGUGACUUUCUCUUGUAUAACUCUCCUCAUUCCAGUCAUUUUCAUGGGCUGCCUAAGAAUACUGAACAUCCUGUCUUGUGGCAUUGUUGGCUCAUAUGCGGUGGUUUUGGCCAUUGACAGUUACAUGUAUACAAGCCUUUCUUACAUCACAUUGAAUGUACUUAGGAGAGCACUCCACACGGAUUUCCACAGAGCUUUCACAAAUGUGCCUUUUCAAAAUAAUGACUUUAUUAUCCUGGCAGUAUGGGGGAUGCUGGCUGUAAGUGGAAUUACAUUACAGAUUCGAAGAGAAAGAGGGCGACCGUUUUUCCCUCCCCACCCAUACAAGAGGUGGAAGCAAGAGAGAGAGCGCAGAGUAACGAACAUUCUGGAUCCAAGCUACCAUAUCCCUCCACUGAGAGAGAGGCUCUAUGGCCGAUUAACCCAGAUAAAAGAGCUUUUCCAGGAGGAACAGCCAGCUGGAGAGAGGACACCCCUCCUUCUGUAGAUGGCAUGGGCUUGGUCAGUCUGCCUCAGCUCUGGAAUUCACAUCCAGACUGCUUUAGCAAUCCCUGGUGCAAGUCUAAUAUGGGAUCAGCUCUGCAUGAGAUUAUGGUGUCUUUUUUGAUAUGUGGUAACGGUGCACUAGGGAGUUAUGAUUCUAAGUGACAGAAUGAGAAGGAUAACUGAACAGUUGGUGGUAGAGAGGCUUUUCCUUAUUUUCCCUUAUACAUGGGAAAUUACUUUUUGGUUUAUAAAUAUAUGAUCAACAUAUUCCAUUAAAUAGACACACCCCAAAAUAAUAAUAAUAAUAAAAAUAAAAAACAAUGAUUCCUCUGAAAA